AUUUUACGUCUGUUGACGUCGGCAGUUAACGAGGAAGCGCAGUUUUGGACCAAAGGUUGUAGCUGGUCUCUCGGCUGCUGCUGCUGUUCACUUGUCUGGACUCCAGCUUUACGAUGGCGGUGGACUGGAUUGGAUUUAGCUAUGCUGCAGCGGUUGCCUUUGGUGGAUAUAUGGGAUACAAGAGAAAAGGCAGUGUGAUGUCCCUGAUGGCCGGUUUAGUUUUUGGUGGAUUGUCUGCUUUUGGCGCCUACAUCAUGUCUAAUGACCCAAAGGACAUCAAGGUGUCACUGCUCGCCUCAGGAGUCCUCGCAGUCAUCAUGGGAGUGAGAUACAAGAAUUCUGGGAAAUUAAUGCCUGCUGGAAUAAUGACAGGGCUAAGCUUGCUGAUGGUGUUUCGCCUCUUACUUCUGAUCGUGUGACCGGGAGAACACUGACCCUGGAAACAGGAAACAUUCCCACUAAGCUGACUAAAGCAAGCUUUCCUGCAGUACAAUUUUUUAUAUAUAAAUGAGCAAGUAUUUGAAUGUAAACUUCCAUGAUGUGUUUGCUCACACUACAGCUGUUAGGGAGCUGAUUUAUUUUGAUAACUGGAGAAAUGGAACAAGUUGAAUUAUUUUUAUUUGCAUUCUUGACUUUAACGGGAAAGAGUUUUUGUGAUUUUUUUUUUCUUUUUGUAAUAACAGCAAAAU